AUGAGUAGCGAGGACAAGGACAAUGCGCCUGCUAGCGCAGACCUGCAGAAUGUCCCAUCUUCAACGGGAACCCCUCUCUCUGUUUCGAGCAGCACAGAAGGCACGCCCUUCGUACCUCUCGUGACUGUGGUUGGAUUUCAUCAUGCGAGGGGCCCUGAAGUGGAGUCAUGGUUUGGGGCAGAGGAAGGUGUCGACCCUGCCGUUGAGUAUCAAUGGUCUCUUUUGCCCUUCAUGGCCUUGAGUGACGGUGCGCAUGCUUCGGAGGAGGACUUCUCUUACUUCACUCUUUUGAAACCCGAAUCAGCCACGGGCCCGGCCACUUCACUGUUCGGUAUAUCUUGCACUCGACAGCUCGACUCGUCGCAACUUAUCAACCGCCCCGCAGACGUCACUCGGUCGACUGUACAAAAGGCGGUAGUUGUGAUCGCGGACAACCCUCAGGGUUUUGGCAUGCUCCGGGAACGACUCAGCGUCGUCACGCAGGCUUGGUUUGCGCAACGGGAGUUUACUGAUGUUGAGAUUCUAAAGAGGUUUCAGGAGAGUCUGGCCGAGGAGAAGGUGAGGGGCCUUCUCCAAGGAGAACCAGAGCAUCAUCAGUACCUUGGUAUGAGCUUGCGAGAGCUUAUACAUGAAUUCAAAUGGCAGACUCUAGUUCUGCUGAAAUGCUGCCUCUUACAACCCAAGAUGCUCUUCUUUGGCUCGAGAUGCGACCGGCUAUGCAUGGUUCAGUUUUCCUUGAUUUCAUUGAUCCCAGGCCUGUUGCAGAAGCUUCAAGACUGCGCAGAUCCUGAACUCAAUACACAUGAAACAAAGCUAUCGAAACCGACGAGCCUCAAGAGUAGCAAUCGCAGCUCGUUGCUUUCCUUCAUGGGGCUGCCGUUACAGAUAUUUGGAAAGGGUAGUUUGUUCGGACCAUAUACGCCCCUACAGCAGCUGGAUAUUCUCGCCGAUUUUGGGACUAAAUCGUACAUCGUGGGAAGCACCAACUCUCUUCUCCUCCAGCAAAAGGACCGCUAUAGCGAUAUCUUGAUCAACCUUGACGACAAUACCAUCAACAUCACCUCCACAUCGUUGAGGCACGCGCUGGCUUUGACCGCGGCGGACCGUAGAUGGAUUGACUUCCUCACAAUAGAAGUGAGCAAUACUUGGGACGACGCAAACCCCAGCCGGCCAAAAACCAUGCAGUACGCUGGGAGCGAGGAGUUCAUCAGAUCCCAGUUCGAGGCCUACAUCUUGGGACUGAUUUCCUCUGUAAAAUAUCACAACUAUCUUGUUCAACAUCCCGAUUCCCAUCAGCCAGGCGAGCCUGACCCGGCCGUCGACUAUGGCCUCGACUGGGUGGAAGCUUGGUCACGCACCGAAAAUUAUCGUAUGUGGGACACUAACACGGACACAAACGUCUUUGCCGUUUCCGAGCCCAGGCAUCCCUGUGCCGGUGGGUUGAACAUCGAGGACGUCCAGCGACGCAUGGCCGAGCAGAUCAAGGACCUGCAUCUGGAUGAACGCUUUGCCCAGGCGGGUGACUUGCUGGGCCGCAACCUCGCACUGGGCCGCGACAAGGCCUCCACCAUAUUCACCAAGCUCUACAAUGACGUGGAACAACUCCGUGAGGCCCAGCGGCGCAGACCCGACGAGGUGUCGGUCACUUCAGAGAAGUCUGGCGUGGUCGAGAAGACCACCGCGGAGGUCCACUCGACCCCCGUCCAAGCAGCGAAGCCACAGCAGACGGCGGGCGCCCGUGCGAGCGCCUACAUGUCUAGCUGGGCGACGUGGGCUGGCGAGAAGCGAAAGGCGAGCGGCUGGGGCGCUGGCUGGGGCAAGAAAUCCACAACCACCGCCAAGUCCGACAAGGCGAUUUCAACGCCCACCAGCCCUAUAGAAAAGGACUACCAGAUAGUCAAGCCGGCCGGAGAUGUCAAGGCAGCGGUUGUGACCGAAGACAUCCUGGUCCCUGCAAAUGCCAGCAAAGGAGCAGAGACCGAACCGGCGGCCGGAAAGGAUGCGGAUACGCCACAGGUCGAUCGCGAUCAAGCUUCCUCCCCCAUAGAUUCUGCAGUCCCAACCUCCGCUGCAACCGAGUCCCAUAGUGCCAACACACCAGAUCCCAAAGUUGCAGAGCAACCGGAGGUUCAAGAAGAGGCGGUGCCUGAAACAGCGUCGAAGGGCAGUAGCGAGGAGAAGCUUGCUUCUGCCGAGCCCAGCGCGGCCAUCUCAACAACACAUACGAACUAA